ACCGACCGCCCACCCGCCCAUACCCAUAUUCACAAUAUUCCUCCACCAUCUCAAUCGAAACUAUUGUAAAAGACAAGGCAAACCCUAAUCCCCAUCCAAUCUCCAUCAUUCCGCACUGUGAGAAUCAUGUCGAUCUCUGGGCCGGUGCUGAGCACUGAGGAGGAAAAGCAGAUCUGUCAAAAACUCGCAAAUUUGGAUAAUAGAUUGCCCCCUGGGCUAAGAGUGGACGAACCCUCUCUAUGUCGGUGUUGUUUAAAAGGGAUGCACCACUUUUAUCUAUGCCCGUAUGGAAAUAUUGUCCCUGAGGGUGCAAAAGUUGGCCAUGGCUUUAGCCUCUACUGCAAGGACUGUUGCGGGAAGGAAUUCUGGCCUGAUGCAGAGCAGACUUGUGUGUGUUGUGGCGGUACAACUAAGAUGGCUGUUGAAAACGAGUGUUAUAUUUGCGGCGAAUGGGGUGACCACCUUGAACAAGAUUGCGAGUUAGCUGAAUUUGUGGAUUGGGAUGCUAUUAAUAAGCGGACUUACAAGUACCCGCCAUUCUUGGUUGGAGAUGAACUAGAUGAGGCACUCAGGCUCAAGGCAAUGCGGGAUAGAGCUCACUCAAGGCAAUGCGGGAUAGAGCUCACUCAAGGCAUCAUCAGCACCUAGCUAGCUAGCUAGCUAGCUGGAAUUCUCAGGUACGAGGCCAUGAGGAAAGGAGAUGAUUCUAAAACAGGGGAGGGAGUCCAUCAUAUCAUUAUCGUAUCUUGUUGAAAUAAGUGGGCACCGAAUGUGUGUAAUCCCUCGAUGUUUCAAAACUUUACUAUUAUCAAGUUCUGUUUUCUGACCAUAUCAUAACAUAACUUAUCCUCUGAGUUUAAUAUAACUUAAAUAAUCUA